AAGCCCUGCAACGAGCACGAGUACUGCGUGGGGUCCUAGGACAGACCCGGCGGAUGGCACGUACCUCGUCACGAACGGGUUUGCGAAGAAGGACGACAUGAUCUCCUCGGACUCGAACUUGAUGAACCAGAUAGACUAGGAGCAUCCAGCGUGAACUCGGUCAGAACCCUGCUCGAGCCAAGUUUGUAUGGCCGACUGUCAACAAGCACAAGAAACUCAUCGACAACAUCAACUGGCUCGAGAGCAGGGAGAGAGACACGCACCCGAACGGGAUCGGGUUGAUGUUUUGGGCGCGAGACCGCACAGGAUCGGAAACGAUGCGGAUGCGAGGGCGAGAUCUGCGACUCGAUGAUGCCACUGAUGCCCGUGAUGGUGAUGCCGGGCCCGUGCUGGUGGCCGAAGUGUCGCGAGGACCUGCGGGCAGAGGUCUUUGGUGAGCUUGGUGACA